AUGACAAUUGAAGGGGUGUGCAAAAACUUUAAAAAUUUGUGGAAUUAUUUUCCCGAUAAACCGGACAAUUCUGGAUUUAGAGAUCUAAUUUUUAAGAAAUACUGCCAUAACGAUAAUUGUGACACUAAUAUCAAGAAGAUUAAUGCUGGUUGUUUAUGGUUAUUUGAUAUUUUUUUCGGUACCGGUGGUAUUCCAUUUUAUAAUGAUUCUUAUAAGCAUGUGGUUAUAUGUAUUAUGAUAUGGUUAAGUUAUAAGUUAAAUCAAAAAACAGAAAAUGGAAACAGCAAAUUAACCAAUUAUUAUUCUAAUAAUAUAGCAGAUAACCCGGAUUACACUGAGCAAAAAAUUAUUGGUAAAAAAUUUAAAAGUUAUAAGGAAAUCAUAGAUCAAAUAAAGGAAUAUAUGGAUAUUGAUAUUAAUGAGAUAUCUAAAUUUUAUGAAUUACUUAAAUUAUUAUGCAAUAUGGAUAUUUAUUAUAAGAAUAAUAAAAGUACAGAGUUUAUACAAGAUGCCGAAAAAUUUGUUGAAGAAUAUGGAAAGCUUCGUGAUCAUGAUAAUAAUACUGACAAUAGUUCAUACAAUAAAAUAUUACAUGUUUUAUCUAAUUAUUAUAAUAAUUUUGAAAAAUACAGAGUUAAUAUUAUAACAGAAAUGAAAUUUCCUCCAUUAUCAACAGAAAAAACAUCCCAAAAAGUUGAUGUAAAAGAUUCUAAAGAAAUUCAAACAACUGAAUCCUUUACUGAAACAGAAAAAACAAAUAUUUUAACGGACCCCCCGAUUUCUAAUACUGCAUUAUCAGGAUCGUCGCUAGUAAACAAAAUAAUUCUAGUUUUAUCGGUAUUUGGUGCAAUAGCAUUUUUUUUAGGAAUUUCUUAUAAGUAUUCGUUAUUUGGAUUUCGGAAACGAUCUAAAAAACAACAAAUAAGAGGAAAACUAAAAAAAUAA